UACCAAGCUUCGCACACCUCGUACCGCUUCUUCGUCGUGUUCCCCUCCUCUGCACAUCGCGUCCACAAUGACGACUUCCACAACCACAACGGCGACGCUGCCAGACUUGAGCUCGUCAUCUCUUUCGUCGCUCCACCUCAACUACCCUUCGACGACGUACGGUUCCGUCUCUUCGCGGUCCAUCGCAAAGGUCUCUGUGCAUCCAGCUGCCCUCUUCUCCAUCUUGGACCACUACCUGCGCAGGAACGACCCUGAACCCACAUCGACCGAAGACCCUUCUUCCUCUUCCUCCGAUGAGAAGAAGGACGCUUCUUCCUCUCCUAGCAAUGUUCAGCCUUCUCGAGUCAUUGGAACUUUGCUGGGUGUUCACAAUGAGAACGAGGUAGAGAUUCGAAGCUGCUUUGCCGUCCCUCACAAUGAGAGCGAGGAGCAGGUGCAGCUGGACAUUGAUUACCACAAGGGAAUGAUCGACCUGCACCAGAAGGUCAACCCAGAGGAGGUCAUCGUCGGAUGGUAUGCAACCUCUCCCAACCUCAAUGCCUACUCUGCUCUGUUGCAAGACUUCUUCACAAAAGAGUCCGCCCCUCACCAAGCAGUCCACCUCACAAUCGAUACCGACCUGCGUACCCCCUCUGCUUCGUCCUCUACCGAGCCCCUAGGCGUAAAGGCCUACGUCUCCUCUCCUCUCGGCCUGACUCCCAAGACGGAGAAUUCCGUCUUCUUGCCUCUGCCCGUGACUCUACUCUCGAACCCAACAGAGCGUCCUGCCCUCUCUCUGCUGGCCUCGCAGACUUCCUCCAGCCCUCAAGCAGGCAACUCCCUCACCGCUGCCGGUCAGGUCCUGCCAGACUUGACCGCUCUCACUUCUGCUCUGCAGCAGAUCCAAUCUCAGCUGCGUCGCGUCCUCGUCUACGUGCGAGACGUGCUGGACGGAAAAGUGCAGGGGGACGAAGUGGUAGGCAGGUACCUCCUAGACACUAUUGCCCGCAUUCCCGUUGGAGCUAGCAGCAGUAGUGGAGCCCCUGCAGGUGCAGAAGGCAAGGAUGUGGGUGAAGUGUGGAACAGCUGUCUGCAGGAUGUACUCAUGGUUAGCUACCUCUCGAAUAUCGUUAGGGCACAAGCCGAGGUCGCUGGCAGGCUCUCGCUGCUCUCGUAGGGAACUCAGCAGAUAGAAGGCGGGAGAGGAUAUUGCGGCUAGGUGGAAGCGGAGCAGCCUUUGCAGGCGAUGACCAGAAGGCGAGACGAGACGAGCGACGUCUCUCUGUGGAUCAGCUGGUGCGUUGAGGAAUGGACAUCGGUCUGGGCAGAGGAGCUAGUCUGUUUCGACGCACACACAUGUCAUGCUUCUUGUCACAUUCUCUUGCUUGACUCCACAAUCGUACAUUCUGUGACAUCAC